AUGUAUUUCUUUCUUGUUUGUUUUUCAAUGAUUUUCUUUUCUUUAUUUCGUUCUCUUUUCAUUUAUUUUCUUUCUUUUUCGUGCCAUCUUAAUUCGUAUAUUGUUUUCCUUUCUUAUGUCUCCCUCUUUUUCUCUCUUUCAUUCUUUUUCUCUCUCUUUCUUUCUCUUUCUCGCUUUCUUUCUGUCUUUCCCUCUAUGUGUUUCACUUUUUCUUUUCUUCGUUUAUCAGAGCUUGUACUUCAUCAUCACCAUCUUCUUUUUUCUUCUCUAGCAUAUACCUUCUUCUUCUAUAUUUUCUUCUUCUUCUUCUUCCUCUUCUUCUUCUCUAUCCCAUAUUUCUUCUUCUUCUCUAUACUAUGCUUCUUCUUUCUUUUUUCUUUUCUCAUCUUUCUUCCCUUUCGUAGCCCUCGGUUAACUAUUGUUCUUCUACUGCUACCCCCUCUAAAUUUUCUCCUACCACUGCUCUCAUUUUUCUCUACGUUCCUUGAUUCUAAUCUAUCUUUCACCCUCCCCCAUUCUUCUUACUAUAUUCUUUCUUUCUUUCUUUCUUUCUUUCUUUCUUUCUUUCUCACUCUUCUGCUACAUUUUAUACUUCUUUUCCUUAUCCUUUUCCAUUCUCCUGUUUCUUUCUUUUUUCCUCUUCUCUCUGCUUCUCUAUCUUCCACUCUCAUCUCUCCUCCUCCUUCGUCUUUAGAUUCGAUUUCUCUUCAUCCCCUACUUGUUUUCUCCAUCCUUUUUGUUAUUUGUUAA